UCGAGGAUUGUCAUACACCAAGUAAAGUAAUAAUUUUUGAAAUCUGGCCACAGAGCACAAAAUCGUAGCAGUUUUAACAAUGGAGAAUAUUAUUAUUGGGAAUAAAACGAUAACGGUGGAGGAAAUUGGGGAAAUAGCGGGCAAAGUGAAGACACCCGCUUUAAGCUCUGAUCCCAUUUUUGUGGAGCGGAUUAAGAAGGGUCCCCUCCUCGUGGAAAAACUGCUGAAAGAACGACACGUCAUUUAUGGGGUAAAUACGGGCGUGGGGGAAAAUUGUGGGGCAUUCGUGACCCCCGAACUGACCGCGGUCUUGCCCAGCCAUGUGAUUCGUUUUCAUGGGUGUGCACUAGGCAGAUUUUUUACAGAAGAGGAGACACGUGCCAUUAUGACGGCAAGGUUAAUAUCUUUGGCGCGAGGGAAUUCUGGAGUUCGACUUGAACUGCUGGCGCAAUUGACGGCCUUAUUGAGACACGACGUUCUUCCCAGAAUUCCUCAAGAAGGAUCGGUGGGGGCAAGUGGAGACCUUUCGCAUUUAUCCUACAUUGGCGCGGUUAUCAGUGGUCAUCGUGACGUCCUGUACCACGGUCAAGUUAUGCCGGCGGACGCAGCUUUGGCUAAGGUUGGUCUCAAACCACUCGUUUUAGAAAAUAAGGAGGCUUUAGGAAUUCUUAAUGGGACUUCGGCCAUGACCGGGGUCGCGUGUCUGGCAUGGAUUCGUGCCAAUAGAAUCUCUCAAUUAACUACAAAAAUUACGUCAUUGGCAAUCGUUGUUCUGAAAGGAAACAGAUUCCACUAUGACGAAGCCCUCUUUUCCGUGAAACCCCAUCCCGGCCAGCUCCGUGUAGCUCAGAGAAUUCGAAGCGAUCUAAACAUCGUAUCAGCUCCACAGGAUUACAGCAAAUCCGGAAAAAUCCAGGAUCGUUAUUCUUUAAGAUGUGCCCCCCAGAUUAUCGGCGUUCUCGAAGACUUUCUCCCCUUCGCUAAAACCAUUAUCGAAACCGAGCUCAACAGCACGAACGAUAACCCAAUAAUCGAUGUUGACUCCGACCGAAUCUUUCACGGGGGACAUUUUUACGGGGGGCACAUCGCCAUGACGAUGGACACUUUGAAGUGUCAAGUCGCCAACAUGGCGGAUCUCCUCGACCGCCAGAUGGCCUCUCUGGUCGACACGAAUUACAACAAUGGGCUUCCCUCCGACCUUUCGGGGGCAAAGGGAGAUCGGAAAGCUAUUAAUCAUGGAUUAAAAGGGUUACAGAUCACGUGCUCUGGUUGGACCGCGGAAGCGCUGAAAAAUACGAUGCCCGCUUCGGUUUUUUCGAGAUCGACGGAAUGUCAUAAUCAAGACAAGGUCAGCAUGGGGACGAUUGCGGCGAGGGAUUGUAUCCGAGUGCUGGAUUUGGUCGAACAAGUCGUGGCCGCGCUGAUUGUCGCGCUGCGCCAAGCGAUCGAAUUUAGAGAGAUGGAAGGAGAGGAGUUUGACAUUUCGAAAAAUGCGACAGAUUUUGUGAAUUUGGUUAAGGCCAAGGUUAACUUUUUUGAGGAUGAUGUUUUUUUGGAACCAGUGCUGAGAAAGGUGCUGGAUAUGAUUGGAAACAUGGACCAUCUUUAUUGAGAAUUUUCUGAAGAUAAAAACAAACGUUUAUGUAACAUGGAGAGGUAAAAUAGUUGAUUCCCUUAUGUCUUGGCUCCGUCAGGGGAAAUGAACUAAUUAUGAAGGUUAUGAAACAUGAAUUUGGAAUAUAUUUUUAAAGUAAUUACAUCAAGUUUGUGUCAGUAAUUACUUGACAAUUAUCUGAUUAGUAGUGCCAUGUUAGGCAUAUACAUAUGUAUGUAUGUACGCCUAUACAGACAUAAUUAUUUACAUAUUAAUGAAUACAUCCUUGUACAUCAUUCCGCCUUUAACUACUCUAAUAAACUGUCCUAUCUCUUCUGUUUCAAAUACAUCUCUUCAACUACUUAAUUACCAUUCAUGUAUGAUAACCAGAUAUGUACGUAACAACUAAUAAAUGCAAUAAUACUAGUUGAAAAAUUA